AUGUUUGCGGACAAACGCGGCGAAGGUAUGAAAUUCGUAGUGCUGGAAAAAGCAGUGGUGGCAGUCAAAAAUUACAUUCAUGAGCUGUAUAAUACAACAUCAAAAGCGAGCGCAGAUAUGAGUGUAAAAGAAGCGAUGGUAGAAAUGUUUUCUGCCGCUGUGAACAUGGAAAAAAUACGACCACCACGGAUGUGUUGUCCGUUUCGUGGAACACCCAAAUGGGCAAGUGGGCAUGCACAAAAAGGACGCCAACAGACACAUUUUGAUGAUCUUAUAUUCUGGCUUUAUGUCACGUGUGAGCUGUUUGCAAAGGAACGUGAACCCAUUCAACCAUUGCCCCCGACGUAA